AUGAGCGAGCCGGGCAGCCAGAAGAGCAGCGACCGCUCCGUGUCUCGCCUCCUCAACGUGGUGGAAAGUGAGCUACAGGCCGGGAGGGAGAAAGGCGACCCUACAGAGAAGCAGCUUCAGGUCGUCCUGGAGGAUGCCCCUCUCUGGCAGAGAUUCAAGGAAGUCACUAACGAGAUGAUCGUGACCAAGAACGGCAGACGGAUGUUCCCUGUCCUCAAGAUCAGUGUCACGGGGCUGGACCCCAAUGCCAUGUACUCCCUCCUGCUGGACUUUGUCCCCACGGACAGUCACCGCUGGAAGUAUGUCAACGGGGAGUGGAUGCCCGCGGGCAAGCCGGAGGUCUCCAGCCACAGCUGCGUCUACAUCCACCCAGACUCCCCCAACUUCGGGGCCCACUGGAUGAAAGCUCCCAUCUCCUUCAGCAAAGUCAAGCUCACCAACAGGCUCAGCGGAGGCGGGCAGAUCACGCUGAAUUCCCUGCACAAGUACGUGCCGCAGGUGCACAUCGUGCGGGUCGGGGGCGCGCAUCGGAUGGUGGCGAACUGCUCCUUCCCCGAGACCCAGUUCAUCGCCGUGACGGCCUACCAGAACGAGGAGAUAACAGCUCUCAAAAUCAAGUACAACCCUUUUGCCAAAGCCUUCUUGGAUGCCAAGGAAAGGAGUCACCUCAGAGACGCUCCUGAAGCUGUGUCCGAGAGCCAGCGCGUGGCCUACUCGCACCUGGGAGGCUGGAUCUUUUCCAACCCGGAGGCAGUGUGCGCAGCAGGAAACGCCAAUUACCAGUAUGCGGCCCCCUUGCCUCUGUCUGCGCCGCACACGCACCACGGCCGUGAGCUCUACCCCGGCCUCCGGGGGCACCGGCAGGCUCCCUACCCUGCGGCCCACAUGCACAGAAACCAUUCUCCCUCAGUGAGCUUGAUGGAGAGCUCGAGCAGCAACCUGCAGGUGUUCUCCGCAGCGGACAGCUGGACCUCCUUGUCCUCCGCGCCGCACACCAGCAUCCUGCCCGCGCCGCACACCAGCGGCCCGCUCAACCCAGGGCCUAGCCCCUACCCGUGCCUGUGGACCAUCAGCAAUGGCGGCGGGGGUCCUGCCGGGCCUGGCCCAGACGUGCACGCCAGCUCCCCGGGGACCUUUCUUCUGGGGAGCCCAGCUGUGACUUCGCCCCUCUCCGCCCAGGCACCUACUUCAGCGGGUGCCGAGGUUCUGGGGGAGCCCUCGCUGACCAGCAUUGCCGUGUCCACCUGGACAGCGGUGGCCUCACAUCCCUUCUCGGGCUGGGGUGGCCCAGGGAGUGGGGGGCGCCAUUCUCCCUCCUCGCUGGAUGGGUAG